AGAGGUAGUAGAACCCAUAUGGCUAUCUUGUUAAAAACAUAUGGGUGGUUUGAAUCGCCAAAUGGUUUGUGGGCUGUCCACUGGGUGUUGGAGCAAUGGUCAACCCUCCCCUUUUCUCUCCCAAGUUUACGCAUUUGAUGCCUGCAGAAGACAUGAACUACAUCCCAACCUUUUUUCUCUUUUGUUCUUUUUUAAUUUUAAAGAUUCUGAAAGAGGACUAAGCCUUUUCUCUUCAUUCCUUUCCUCUAAUCCCCUUUUCCUAUUCUAUGACUUUCUUUGAGACCUGACCUCAGUUUUUUCUGCACCCUCUCCCUUCCUCUUUAAGUGAUGAAUUAUUUCCUGAUGCUCAGCAACAGUCAUGGAGAUGGCAUUCUGUCUCGGUACCAGACCUUGCGUCUGGAGGGUCGAAUGUGCGAUGUUGUUUUGGAGGCAGAGGGCGUGGAGUUCCUCGCUCAUCGCACAUUGCUAGCCUGUUCUAGCGACUACUUCUGGUCCUUGUUCCAGGACUACACACUGGAGUCUAGAGCCCACACUAUUAGCUUGCCAGCCUUGUCUUCAAAGGGCCUGGAGCAGAUCCUGGACUUCAUCUAUACGUCAUGGAUUGCAUUGUCACCUUCCACUCUGGAGGUCACACUUCAGGCUGCCUGCUAUCUGCAAGUCACACCUGCUGUGGAUCUCUGCACUGAGUACAUCUCUGAAAGCAUUGCUCUUGACAACUGCUGCUUUUUUGCUAACGUAGCAGCUUGCUAUAGCCUUUCUGAGGCAUUCACUGUCAGCAAUUCUUUCAUUGCCAGAAACAUGUGCAGAAUACUUGCAGCUGAGCAAUACAAAGCCGAGCUAUUGGAGUUAAACCUUGAUUCUCUGCAAGAGGUGCUUGCAGCCAAGGAAAUGCAAGGAGUAAAAGAGAUGGCUCUUCUACAGCUCGCUUUGGAUUGGCUGGAGUACAACCCUCAGUCUGCCCUGCAAAGCAAUGCUUUGCUUUGUCAUAUCCGAUUCGGUUUGGUUCCCCCUGAUGAGCUGUCUCGACUUAGUGCAAUCAAACCUGCCCUACGCACACCCUUCAUCCGCAGUGUAGUGCAGAAAGCCCUUAACUACCACCUUCAGGGUCCCCUCCAACCUCUACUUCAAAGUGUCCACACCAGCCUAAGGACCACAAACAGCAAAAUCCUGCUGGUGGGGGGAGGACCAGAGGCAGACCGACCUCAGAAUCAGAUCUUGGCCUACGAACCACGCACUAGGAAGUUCCGCCCACUUUCCACUACAUUACUAACUAAGCUCCAGCACCAGGGAGUAUGUGUGGUGGGCAACUUCCUGUUUGUGCUGGGUGGUGAGGUGGUGGAGGUGGAUGAGGAUAAUGAGAAGUCAGCUGUGAUGACAGUCACUGACCAAGUGUGGCGCUAUGACCCACGGUUUGACCAUUGGGAGGAGAUGGAACCGCUCUUGCAGAAGAGGGCGCACUUUGCCUGCUGUGUGGUUGAAGGUGUUAUUUUUGCCAUAGGUGGGCGGGGCCAGAGGGGUGAGCCUGCUUUGUCGUCUGUCGAGAGAUACACUAUGAAUGCAGGAUGCUGGCGCAGUGGCGUGUCCCUUCCACAUCCAGUCCACGGGCAAGCCUGUGCCACUAUAGGAACAGGAAUUUACAUCUCUGGAGGCAACAAUGGCAACAGCCCAGAGAGCAGUAAGGAGGUGCUGUUUCUGCAUGCCUUUGAGGGUAAUGCCUGGCAGAGACGCACAAGCAUGUCCAUUGCCAGAUUUGGCCACCAGAUGGUGACAGUGAGGGGCAGAAUUUAUGCCUUUUUGGGAAUGUAUGAGCCAUUCUGUGACAUUGAAUGCUACAAUCCCGUGCAAGACCUGUGGACCCGUCUGAGGCCCCUACUAAAUGAUCGCUUCUGUUAUGGUUUGAUGGCAACAGGAGGAAAACAUGUGCUUGUGUUCGGAGGCAGGAAAUGGCAAGAAGGACAAGAAGUGUGCACCACUAAUGUGUUGGAGUACGACACUGAAUGUGACACCUGGAGGGAAGUGUGUAAACUACCAUGGCCCUUGUGUGAAACACAGUGUGCCAUUAUGACUAUUCAAGACCCUACAGAGACGUAAAAGCCCAAUAGAAGCACCAUCCCACUUACACACAGACAAAUAGAUGGCUGUCACUCUUUAUUAAAGGAGAAAGGAGAGUCAAAAGACAAGCGGAUCUUUGCAUCACUCUGGAUCGUAAAGUGAAGUGGCAUGGACAACAGGAUUUCCAGAUGGACUUUGCACAGCAAAAAUCAUCCUCUUAAUCAGUAAUUAUUAGUCUGUUUUCCAGUAAAAAAGUAUCUGAACAUCCUUAAAACAAGAUAAUUUACUUGAGAAGUAAAAUUGCAUAAAAUAUUAAGAUUUGUUUUCAGGGAAUAUAUUUUAAAUUACGCUUAUCUUCCCUACCCCAUUGGCAAAUUGUUUUUUAACCAUACAUUUCACAAAAACAAAAAACAUGCCAGUGGGAUGAGAAAAAUAAACUUAAUUCAAUAAUUCAAUAAAUACGACAAGUCUUCUUAUCUUACACAAUAUUGCUUCAAGUAAUGUUUUUCUAGAUUUAAUGAUGUUUAGAUAUUUUGUUUAUAAAAAUAAGAAAAUAAUUUUUUUGCAAUGUGGUGCUCUCAAUAAUGAUUUACAGCAAGUAAUAAGGAGCUCCUGAAAGUGGGUCACUAUGAAUAGGUAGUGAAAGCCUUGACAUUGACAGAUGACUUGUCAUAAUGAUGUAGGACCUGAGAAAUGGCAGAAAGUUCCUGCAUGGACACUAAAGCAAAGGACAGAACUAUGAAAUAUUAGACCACUGUACACUCUGAUCACUCUAUCUUGAAAGUCACAAAGAAUAGGCUGUACUACAACAGAAUACAAAAGAAAAGAUAUUCUAGACAACGAGAGUGGUAAACAUAGAUGUAAAGUAUAUUGUUUGAAGCCCGGUUUUUGAAAAGAGUUGAAUAUUCGGUAAAUAUCAAACAUGAUCAUCAUAAUGUGUUAUGAUGGAGGGACAGCUGCCAUAAAUGUCAUAGACAGACUGUGGAUAGUAAAAGACAGCAGUGAAAUGGAAGGAAGGUGCACUCACAGACGAUGAGAUAAAAAGCCAAAUUAGACAAAAGUUCAUUCUAAAGGUUACAUGGAAAGACAAAUGGGUAAGGACAUGUAGACCACUGAGUGUGUGUGGGAUGCAGAUAAGCCAAAGCCAUUUUGCUUAACAAAACCGCAUUGACACAUUUAAAUCAGACAGCUAAAAAGUCUGGUCCUGCAUGGAUGUGAAAAAUGAGGUCUAAAGUUCUUUCCACAGAUAAUAUUGUGUGAUUAAAAAAAACCUUUGAGGUGAAUUACAAUAGCUGAGCAGACAACUAGUAAAACUGAUGUGAAAUGCUUUGAAAUACCACUCACAUCAGUAGUAGUAACUAUUUCUGUGUUAUGUUUUUUUUUUUUUAAAGCAACAUCAAUCAGUCUGUACAAUUAAUAUUGUAAACAAAUUUUAAAAACAAAUUGUUGCAAUUCAACAGCAAAAAGAAAAUGCAUGAAUAAAGAUCUGAGUGAGCAUAA